AAGAAUGCAAAUCUCACCCACCACCACCGCUCCCUGAGUGAGCGGUGUAGGCUACCGACGCUUCAUGAAAGUCCACUAAAUUAAGAAUGUUAUGUAAUAGCUUACCAACGUGAACUUUUCCUUUUCAAGAUGCAUCCCUUAAUGGUCUCUAUUCCCUCUUUUCGAUUGGAGGACAAUUCCGUGGAAAGAGGAUAUACGGUCUUCAAGAUCGAGGUGUUGAUGUGUGGCCGCCAGCACACUAUUGAGAAACGCUACAGCGAAUUCCACACCCUGCAUAAAGCGCUGAAGAAAAUAACCAAAGUUCCGGAGAUUCCCUCCAAACAUGUGAGAAACUGGAUCCCCAAAGUCCUGGAGCAGAGGAGACAUGGGCUGGAGCUCUACCUCCAGACUAUAAUCACGGAAAAUGAGGUUCUCCCCAAGAUAUUCCUGGAUUUCCUCAACAUCCGCCAUUUUCCAUCACUGCCAAAAACUGAGAGUUGUGGGUCUUUUGACACAGAUUUAGAGGAGUCAAGCAAGCUGACUCAUCAGCCUGCCCUUCUCUUCCUGAGGGACCCUUAUGUGCUCCCAGAUAACCACGACACAUUUCCUAAUGUGGUCACUGAAGGAGUGAUCCAUGGAAUGUUCUACCCUGACCUCCAGCCGAGGUAGAAUGGAGACUGAAGGACUCCAGAGGCCCUCUGUGAGGAGAAAGUACACACUAAUGCUGACCUCUACUUAAGAUCUCACUAACAUGUUAGAGAGACGUAUGGAUACAGAUUGGAACGGCUGUCCUCUCCUAAACUGGCCUUCACAAAUCGACUGACCUUAAGUUAGUACUAUGUAUGUAUGUAUGUAUGUAUGUAAUUAUAUAUAUUUCACAGCCUACACAGUACCUCGAAACCAAUUGUGACAUGGGCAGAAACGGUGUAAGUGCUGAAAUUUGAAAAAGUGUUUCAUGUAGGCUGUGAAGUGUAUCAAUAAGUGUUUCUUUUCAUGUUUACUAAAUUCUCACUUUAGUUAUGAUCUAUUUAUAUGAAGUACUGCAUGCCCCUCAGAAAUGGGGUACGAUAUGCCUUGGAUGACAAAGGGAUACCUGACCAUACAAGAAGUCUAAAUGUACUGUACGUGUGUACUGAAGGAAUGAGGGAAUUCUUCACCCAUUAAUGGAACCUAAAUACACUAAUAGGUGUGAAAGCUGUGUGAUUGGGUAAUCUCACUGCUUGGUGAAGACAGUGUGAUGCCGAUUCAGUUACUGAAGGACAGGAGUUGACAUUGCGUUCAUUGGUUCAUAUAGUUCAUUUUCCUACAGUUGACUUCUGUGCACAUCGUGAUCACAAACUCCCUUAAUUUCAAGGGUGUUAAAGGAACUAAACUUUGUCAUGGUAAACUCUGAUGCAUUGUUUAAAUGAAAUGACAGAUGAACAGUGACAAAGACUUUUUUAUAUUCUCUAUGUACAGCUGCAUUCAGCACUGACACCUACAUUUAGAUGGAAUGGUAGAUUUGCACUCCACUCUGAGCCAGUUCACUACAAAUUCUAUUUUCGGUUUGAUUUGUUUUGUUUGUUUGUUGUUUAUUAACAAAAAGGCCCUAAAUCAUGACUUUGUACUUCUGUGUGUGUGUGUCUAGCCAUCUAGAAGUCUUGGUGAUUGGUGCUGCUCACCCAGUUGAGUCUGACUGAAGCACUUUAACCUUGUCACAGUGAACGAUCACAUGUGCUGUAUAGUGAAGACCAUGAUAAUUUCACAGCAAUAAAAUCUAUUCACAUACUUA